CACCCGCUCGCGCUUCUUCCUCGCGAGAAACCACAGGGGAGCCCUGGCUUACAGAGCGCCCCUUUGUGGCCGCGUGAAGCACAGGCCCAACCGUUAGAAAAGCCCGGCGAGAAAAAGUAAAACAAUGAGGCAGAAAUACAGAGAACCUUACUUCACAAUAAUAAAAAAUGAUUUGUAACAAGCACGAGAAGAAUCGUAGCAAAGGCAAUCGAUCGAACUUGAAUAUCGUUUGCAUCGUAGUUUUAACGUGACAUUUUAUACACGGCAAUGCUCCAAAGGCAUCGCGCCGUUCGCAAUCGGAUGUAAUGCUGUUAUCCACAACAGGAAGUCGCUUGUUCGCAGUGCUUCUGGCUUGACAAAACCGACAAACUUUGCCGAAGCCGAAAAACUGGGGAAAAAAUGGUAAACGCAAAAGGCAUAAAGUCGUUAUCGGCGGAUGUACGAGCGAGAUAAGGAGUAAGAGCGGCCGCCCGCGGUUUGUUUGUGCUCGCCGUAGUGGAUUUCGAAGUGACAAUGCUGCGGAGACAGGAAAAAACCAAGACCGUGUCGCGCUUCCAUUGAAUGCGAAUUUACAUUCCUCAUGGAGAAAGCAGGAUCAACGAUUCGGGAGUCAUGAGCACAGAUGUGAAGAAGCCUCCAUUAGCUCCCAAACCUAAACUUCCCGCCGUGGCCAAACCCUCACCUCCCCCAGCCAUUGCCCCCAAACCGGGCCUGCCCACCGCAUCCCCCGUUUCCUCCCAGGCUUCCCCCGCCACUCUCAAGAGGACAAAGCCGGCCCUCGCCCCGAAGCCCCGCAUCCCAAAAUCCACCGGCCCUUCUCCCCCCGCCGCUUCGCUACCCCUCAAAGCUCGCCUCAUCUUAUCCCCUGAGCAGGAUCUUCUGGAGGACAGCCUCUCGCUGCUCAACAUCAGAAAUGGGAUUUUAUCGGAGCGGGAGUCGGACUACAUCAUUCCCACGCGUGCCGGCGGCUUGCGGGACUGCUGUCGUGUGGAGAACGGCGAGCGCGAGCCCAAGAACGGGAUUCACGAAGGAACGCCGAGCAGACCGGAGCGAUGUUGGUGCGGGAGCGCGGGGGGGAGCAAAAGGCCCCGUGACAAGCCUCGGAGACAGAGACACUCGGAGAGGGUGGGCAGAGAGGGUGACGGGAUCGAUGCUGACGGACACGAGGGGCUCGCGGACGUCGGCUGCGAUGUUGCGGGCAGCGUCGUCGCCUCCCCUCCGCCUGCGGAACAUCUGCGGCCGCAAGAAGGCGGCGCGGUCCCCGCGCCCCCGACUAAGCCCCUCCCCGUCCCGCAGCCUCGCAAGCAAAAGAAGCCCACCCUGGUGAGGCAGGGCCACGUGGAGGUUGUGGCUCGGGAUCCUCAGCAGGUGGACGAUGCAAGAGAGGAGGACGACGAGCCCGGCGCUCCCGUGCCGCCUCCCCGCCAGACCUCCCUCUCCCCUCGCCUCCACAGAACACAAGGUCCCUCCUCGCACGCGGCCGGCCAGCGAGAGGGCGGGGGGCGCGGCGGCCGGGUGGAGGAAGAAGACGGCGGCUACGGCGAUUUUAAGCGCUACCCCGUCACCCGCAGCCUCCCCAAGCAGAUCAAACUGGGAUGCCCGCCGCCCCUACGGCACGCCGGCAAGGCCUUCUCGGCCGAGGAGGGGCAGCCCGUGAGGCCGCCGCCCCGGAAACCACAGAGGCACAGCCUGCCCGCCCCGCCCCCGCCCUCCGUCUGUCCUCCGGCGCCGCCUUACGUCCCCGCGAGGGAGCUGCCCGCGCCGCCCCGGGAAAAACCUUCCCGGCGCUUCACCCGGCCUUGCGUGACCUUCUUCAGCCGCCAGAUGCCCACCAGGAGCAGCGUGCCGCCCAAAAGUCGGGCGCCGUCGCUGGGAGGCAAGCAGCGGGCGCAAUCCUUCUCCGCCGCCGACCUGAGCACCCGCUUGGACCCCGGCAAGCGGAGCCUCUCCUUCCGGAAGCUUCUGGAGCUCGGCGUGUCCGUCAAGAUGCUGCCCAAGCUGCUGGCCAAGGGAGGCCACUCGCCGGAGUCCAAACCGGCGGCGCGGCCCAACAGCUGCAUCAGCGAGGUCGGCUCGGGCGACGACGACGAUGACGGCGGCGCGGAGUACGAGAACGUCCCUCUCUACGAGGAGAUCCCCGAGUACGUGAACCUGCCCUUCCGCGGCGGCGGGCCGAGCUGGUCGCGGGAUGGCGAGGCCUCCGACGUCUACGAGGCGCAGGACCCCUACCGCCAGUUCCAGGAGGACCGCUGCGACAGCGACUGGCCGAGGAGGGACGUCCCCUCGGAGGAGGAGGACGAGGACGAAGAGGCCCGCAGUUGGGACGAGGAGGACAACAGCUCGUCAUCCAGCAAGGAGCAUGUGGGCGAGGAGGACAGACGGCUGGAGGAUGAGACCAAGCGCAAGAAGGUGGCGCACAUCGCGCAGGAGAUCAUGAGCUCGGAGAAAGUGUUCGUGGACGUGCUCAAGCUUCUUCACAUCGACUUUCGGGCGGCCGUGGCCAAGGCGACGCGUCAGAACGGCAAGCCGGUGGUGGACGAGCGCGUCCUCAGCCAGCUCCUCUACUACCUGCCGCAGCUCUACCAGCUCAACAAGGACCUGCUGAGGGAGCUGGAGGACAGGGUGGCGCACUGGAGCGAGCAUCAGCGCCUGGCCGACAUCUUUGUGCAGAAGGGCCCCUACCUGAAGAUGUACUCCACCUACAUCCGCCAGUUCGACGACAACGUGGCGCUCUUGGAUGAGCAGUGCAGGAAGAACCCGCCCUUUGCCGCCGUGCUGCGAGACUUUGAGAUGAGCGCCCGAUGUGCCAGCCUCGCCCUCAAGCACUACCUGCUCAAGCCCGUCCAGAGGAUCCCUCAGUACCAGAUGCUCCUCACAGAUUACUUGAAGAAUCUGCCCCGGGACUCGGAGGACUACAAGGACACAGAAGCGGCUCUCGGCGUCGUGAAGGAGGUCGCCAACCACGCCAACGACAUCAUGAAGCAAGGGGAUAACUUUGAGAAGCUGAUGCAGAUUCAGUACAGUCUGAACGGCCACCAAGAGAUCGUUCAGCCGGGCAGGGUCUUCCUGAAGGAGGGAACGCUCAUGAAGCUCUCCAGGAAGGUCAUGCAGCCGCGGAUGUUCUUCUUGUUCAACGACGCGCUCAUGUACAGCACUCCCGUCCAGUCGGCCCAGUACAAACUCAACUGCGUGCUCCCCCUCGCCGGCAUGAAGGUGAGCAAGCCCAGCCAGGAGGCCUACCAGAACGAGCUCAACAUCGAGAGCGUCGAGCGCUCCUUCAUCUUGUCCGCAAGUUCGGCGACGGAACGAGACGAGUGGCUGGAGGCCAUCGCCGCCGCCAUCCACGACCACGCCAAGAAGAAGAUCAGCUUCAUAUCCAGCCGCAGUCAGGAGGAGACCGACGGCGUGCCGGACAGCGGCGCCCCGCUGGGCUCCAAGGCUCCCAUCUGGAUCCCCGACCUGAGGGCCACCAUGUGCAUGAUCUGCACCUGCGAGUUCACCCUCACCUGGCGCCGCCAUCACUGCCGCGCCUGCGGGAAGGUGGUGUGCCAGGCCUGCUCGGCCAACAAGUACUACCUGGAGUACUUGAAGAACCGGCCGGCCCGCGUGUGUGACCAUUGCUUCGCCAAACUGCAGGAGAACAGCGACCGCCGCGCCUCCUCGUCCGCGUCUCCCAUCAAAUCCGGAGCCUUCUCCUUCACCAGGAAACAAAAAAAGAUUCCGGCCGCACUCAAAGAGGUGUCGGCCAACACGGAAAACUCCUCCAUGAGCGGCUACUUGAGCAGGUCCAAGGGCAACAAGAAGCAGUGGAAGCGGCUGUGGUUCGUCAUCAAGAACAAAGUGUUGUACACGUACGCCGCCAGCGAGGACGUGGCGGCGCUGGAGAGCCAGCCGCUGCUCGGCUUCUUCCUGCGGGAGGAGAAGAACGGCCCGGCGCGGAAGCUGCAGUUCAAGCUCUACCAUAAAAACACGCUCUUCCACAUCUUCAAAGCCGACGACAUCCCCACCGCUCAGAGGUGGAUCGAAGCCUUCCAGGAGGCCAUGAUCCUCGAGCAGUGAGCAUCUAGUCCACGAUGACGGAGAAGAUGGGACGGGGAGAUUUUUUUUUUUUCCUUCUUUUCGCUCCAACGUUGCAGCUGUGGCUCAAAUGCCACACGGCGUGCGUGGAAGUGGACUCCAGUCCAGCCGGUGGUUCACAGUGCGUAGCAGGAGGUUGCCGCUGUUCGUCUGGGAGACGUCAUUCUUUGGUAACUCCAACAGCGUCCUGGACAUAACUGGAGGGGAAUCUAUUUUUCACACGCUUCAGAAUGUCCACUCUGAAGACAUGGAAAUGAACCGCGAGAUUGUGGAAGUCACAGACAAAGUUGACAUUUUGAUAUGCAAGCCCAGAGCUGAUAUCUAGAAUGGCCGAAGAAGCAGCUCACUGUUUCAUCGCAGAGUUCUGUAGUUUUUUUGGGUUUUUCACCCCUCAACCUUCUGUGAUCCACAACGUCCUGUGAUGUGUGGUCAUUGCCACUCUUGAUUUCUGCUUGUCUUCCUAAUUUCAACGGUUUCGGGGUCGCAUUUGCUUGUGUACAUUCACAGUGACUCUGUUUUUUUAUUUCAA